GGCAAAUUUAUGAAUCAUUUAGCGUUGUGACCUUGGAUACACACAUUCCAGCAAUAUUACGUAACUUUUGGUUUUUAAUACAAUAUGGCAACUUGGGAUGAGGUGCGAGAACUAGCUAACAAACUCAAAGAAACACAAAAUCAACCUAAUAUCUGUAAACUAUCUGAUAGAACAUGGGUCGAUAUUAUACGACAUUUGAUGUCUGUGAAUAGAUUAAAACUGGUUUUCUCAACUGAUGGGCGAUCAUAUUUAACUCGGAACGAGCUUGAUAAGGAAAUCCGAGAUGAAGUUGAAGCACAUUCUGGUAGAAUUACACUUACGGAACUAGCAUCAAAUCUUGAUGUGGAUUUCGAUAUCAUUGAAUCAAGAGUCACUGAAUUGAUAAUCUUAGAUGCACAAAACAAGUCGCCUUGCCGUUUGAUCAGUAUACCUAGUGAAGUUGUCAACAGUUCAUAUGUUCGACGCGUAGCUCAUGAAAUACUUGAUCGACUAGAAGAGCAUGGCCACACUAGUAUUGGUGAACUAACUAUCGUCUUUAAUCUGCCUACAACAUUCAUAUCGAGUAUUAUGCAAGAGUAUCAAAGUACUUUAUUUCAUGUACAUAAAUAUGGAGAGAAGUACUUUACAGAUACUUUCCUUAAUGCUACUAAGGCGAAAAUUCGAGGUUAUUUUACAGGUGUUAUCCGUCCUGUUACUUUAAGUUCAGUCGCCUCAAAGCUUCAAAUUCCUGAAAAUUUAAUUAAUAGUAUUGUUUCUAGUCUUAUCAGUACUGGUCGACUGUAUGGUAAUCUGAUUGCCGGUCGUAGUGGCUUUGUUCCAAAAUGUUAUACUUAUGCUGAGGAUAAAUACAUCAAUUCAUUUUACUCUCAGAAUGGAUAUAUUGAAUGGAACUAUUUAAAGCGACUGAAUAUUCUUGAUCCAGAUUCAUAUUUAAAGACUAAGCUUCCAAAUGCUGUACAUCUACCAGGUCUUACGGUCAAUCCAUUAAUAGUUGAUCAGUUAAAAUCCCUCAUUUCAGGGGUAAUCCGAGACGUAUGUUGGAUAGAUUUAUCCCAUUAUAUUCCAAACGGAUUAGAUUCAAAUGAAAGAUCGGCACUAGUUAACCCUCUGUUAAAAGAUGCUCCUGUGAAAUUACUUGACACAUAUUUAAUUGCUGACAAAUUUAUUGAAAGCUGUGAAGUUUUUCUUGAUACGUAUUUAAAGAAAAAAGCUCAGAAAGCUUUCCACCACGAACAUCAUGCAAUCCUGUCAACUCCAACUCAACAACAAUCCGUAGAAGUUAAUACACCCAAACAAAUAGUUACAUCGUCCAAAGGUGGAUUUGGUUUCGGCGCACGUGAAAUUAAGACCAAAAAUGUUAAGAAAAAGUAUAAUCCAAGUAAACGUAAGACGGGUAGUUCAUCAGCCACUAAUGAUCCAGAAAACUUUUCUAGUGUGAUUGGUGAUUCUCAGUCACCAACUAAAGAUCUAUUUACUCGUUAUGUUCUUAUGGACGACGUGAGAAGUAUUUUGUCUUCACAGUUACCAAAUGAUGUGCCCAGUGAAAUGGUUGACCUGGUUGCUGAUAUGUUGGAAUCUACUUUACAACAGUCAUUUAUAAGACAUAUUGGCUCACUGAUUUCACCGAAUGCAGGUGCCAACUUCGAUCGUGAGAAAAAGCUGCAAACACAGGAAGUGGUUAAUAGUAUGGUCCUCAGUUUACAGUUGUUAGAGAGAGGAAUCUCUUCAAUAAAUCGUGAUAUCCUAAGAAACCAAUUAUUAGUUCAUCUUCUGAAAAAUUAUGGUAUGCCUAUUGUUCGGCAGCUAUGUGAUUAUAUAUCCUAUGAAUUCGGAAUUCCAUGGCCUGAGUCGACAACUAGUAAAAAUGAUCUCUUAAAAACAAACUCUUCCGAUUUAACACAAAAUAACAAUGUCAAAUCAAAUAUUACAGAAUCAUUAAGCAUUGAAUCGUAUCAUCGUCUUCUAGAACUGUUAAAACAGACGUGUUUACCAGAUGCAGUUUCAAUAAGCAGUGCUAUACAGCAAGUUUUGGACAGCUUUAAAGUUGGGCAAAAUAAUUUAACAUCACUUGAUACAUUUUAUACUUCAAUAAAAAAUUUAUCAGUUGAAGUUCUCGGUUUGACUGUUUCCGUAUUCCAUUCACCUAAUAGUCAUAAUAAUAAACGAGAACGAGACGAACGACUUAAAGCUAAUGAAUUAGCCAUUCAAGUUGAAAUUCAACUCAAGGAAUCAGUAUGUAAUGCCAAAAUUAAUAAUGAUUUCUUAAAAGUUGCAACAACUGCAACUGUAGCAGCUACCUGUUUAUUUGCUCAAAUUGUUAAUGGUUGGCCAGUGACGGCACCUGGAAAAUGUGUACCUGAGUUGAUUGAUUGGUUGUUUGAAGCAUUAAAAUCUAAAUCUGAAUUGGAAAGCAACAGUAAUGAGAAAUUGAAUUCACAUAUCACGGCUUUGAAAACAUUACAAGCUUCAAAUGUUCUAGAUGAUUUGAGUAAAUUGGCUAAUUAUAUUUCAGAAAAAGUGCGUUCUGGAAAUGUUUUUGAAGAAGAAUCCGAUAUACAAGCCCAUUUGAAACAUAUACUUGAUGUAGGGGUUCAGUGUAGAAGACAGUUGUAUGCAUGAAUGACAAAGAAAUCUUACUUUUAUUUUGCUGUUAUUCUAGUUACCAGGUUACUUUCUAUGGUGUUUGUUUACUUCUUUUAAUUAUUUCCAUAUUUUGACAUAAUUUAUAUUUCACAUAUUCAUAUUUUUGAGACCUUGUGAGCUAUUUUUGUCGUUGCGUAAUCCUCGUUUGACGUGUGAUUUCUCGAUUACUUAGUAGUUUUAUUAUCCACUUCUUUACCGACAUUUUAGGUCUAUUAUUGUGGGACUCGUGUUCAUGGGCUAUUGGAUGAAUGCUUGGGGUGUUUACGACUACUCAUUUAUGUAUCAUAAACAACCUAGUAACUGGUGCAAUCGUGUAUUGGUCCAAGAUGCCACAAUUCACGUGAGGAUAGUGAUAUAUGUAAAGCAACGUUUUCAGAAUACUAAUGUUGGUGACCUGAGGAGUAUAUAAUACGAAAAUGAAUGAAUUCGUGAAAUAAAAAGUGUGAAAUUGUAGUAAAACUCAAAACACAUCUGAAUUAGUCCGAUAAACAUCAUGUUAUGCCAGGUAUAGUAUCAAACCUUUGAUUGCAUCGACUCCGCCCAGGAGCUUUACAUGUAUAAACGCUGCUCAUUUUAAAAGUCAGUGACCUCGUCAACUGGUAUCGUUUUUUUAAACUUUUUUCCAGCUUAUGCCAGCCACCAUCGCACGUCAUGGUGGAUUUUAGAGCAUUACUUAUAUUGUAGAAUAUCAGGUAACCACGGAACGUAAAAUUUAAUCGAAUCAGCAGACUCUACGACGACCGAAUAAAUUGCUUCCGUUGCGUUAACGUAGGAAACUUUGUUACACUUGAAUAUUUAAUUACUGUUGCGGUCAAGAAGUAGUGUAUUCAACUGAAUAUGUUAGUAGUUCAAUUGUCCAAGUAGAUGUUUUACUAGUUUCACUUAAUAUUGCUUUUGGGAAUGUUCAGUUUCUGCGUUUAAAUGUACGUCUUCUUUUCAUAUGUUUUGAUAUCGUAAUCUUUAAGAAGUUAACUCGUUAUAGGUAAUAAAGAUUAUAUGUUGAUGAUGAAACUAAUUUGAUUGAAAAAUGUGUGGUAACUUCAGUGGGUUUCUGCUUUUGUGUACAUUGGUCUAUAUUUUAUUAGACUUGUUCAUUAAAAUUAUUUGGAAUCAUAGAUGAGUUGUUUGAGAACAAAUAUUGUGUUCAGUUAACAUCAGAACUUAAUAUUCAUUAUUGCAAAAGUUCGUUACGAUUUGAAUAUAUAUUAACUGUUGGUUUGUAGUAUCAAAAAUCCUUUCAGAUAUACAAAGAAAAAGUGCAGACUAUUGUACUCCACAUUGAUGACUGUCAUAUCUGCUCUUUUCAAAACGUCCAACUGUGUGUAACUUCGUGAAUGUGUUACCAUGAAGUCCCAAAUAUAAUCACAUUUCUUUGUUA